UUCUCAUUAUCCUCAUAUCUUUCCUUCACAUGACCUUCCCUCUCUCUUCUCUUCCUCUUCUUCUUUUAUUUCUCUUUCACGAUAGUAGGGGGAUAUGGAUAAAAAACCACGCAAUUCCCAGGAUGCUGAUUCGAGAAAAGGACCAUGGACCAUGGAAGAAGACUUGAUUCUCAUCAACUACAUCGCAAAUCAUGGCGAAGGUGUUUGGAACUCUCUUGCUAAAGCUGCAGGGCUGAAACGUACUGGGAAGAGUUGCCGUCUCCGUUGGUUGAACUAUUUGCGUCCCGACGUCCGAAGAGGCAACAUCACACAAGAUGAACAGCUCCUGAUCAUGGAACUGCAUGCUAAGUGGGGAAACAGGUGGUCCAAGAUUGCGAAGCAUCUACCAGGGAGGACGGAUAAUGAGAUAAAGAACUACUGGAGGACUAGAAUCCAGAAGCAUACUAAGCAAGCAGAGAAUAAUUAUUCUGCUCCACAAACAAAUCCCGAGGUGCCAGAGCAAGCGAGCACCAACCAGGUCUGUACCGUAAGUGCUGCUGAUCUAAUGGAGACUUGCUUUCCACUGUCAUUCCAGUGCAACAUGAUGGGGACUUUUCCAGAGCAAUUGCCCAUGGAAUCAAAUGAGCAAAGUUAUUGGAGCAUUGAGGAACUCUGGUCCAUGCCAUUGCUUAAUGUCGACUAAAUAUUAUGAGGGUAAUCCCAAUAAAAGAAAAAUCCAAAUUCUGAAUUUGGAUUAAUAUUAUCUAUUGGUUUGUUAAUUGAUAAUUGGGGCUUAAACUUGGAAAAAUUAUUAUAUUAUAUGUUGUAAUGGCAAGAACUUCUCAUUAUUAAUUUGGUUGGUUUGCUAUGGCUUUUGGUUGUGUGUUAAAUUAUCUAUUUAUAGGAGUGUUUGCCUAAGGGAUGUUAAGUCUAAGAAUAAAUAAGAGUGUUUGAA